AUGCGGUACCGCCACGGCGACUAUGAGGGCGGGCUGAAGGCGGGUCUGCCCGAGGGACGCGGCGUCUGGCGGUCCGCCGGUGGCGACAUCUACGAUGGCGAGUGGAAGGCCGGUGCGAGGGAGGGACGCGGCGUCUUCCGGUACGCCAACGGAAACGUCUAUGAUGGCGAGUACAAAGCGGGCGAGAAGGAGGGGCGUGGCGUCUACCGGUUCGCCAGCGGCGAGGUGUACGAGGGUGGGUGGACAGCGGGUGAAAGGGAUGGCGUCGGCAUCGCCCGGUGGGCUAGCGGCGCCGUCUACGAGGGCGAGUUCAAGGCGGGUGAGAGGGAGGGGCGCGGCGUCUACAGGUGGGCAAAUGGCGACGUCUACGACGGCGAGUUCGUGGCGGGCAUGAUGGAGGGGAAGGGCGUCAUGCGGGGCGCCGAUGGUGACGCAUACGAUGGCGAGUGGAAGGCGGGCCUGCCGGAGGGGCGCGGCAUUUGCCGGCUCGCCAACGGCAACGUCUACGAGGGCGAGUUCAAGGCGGAUACAAUUGAGGGGCGCGGCGCGUUUAGGUUCGCCAACGGCAACGUCUACGAGGGCGACUUCAGGGCGGGCCAGAGGGAGGGGGGCGGCGUUUACCGGUACGCCAACGGCGACGUGGAUACUGGCUUCUACAAGGAGGAUGCCCACGUCGGCGAGGGCGUCGCGUGGGCUGCGGACGGGCAGCGGGCGGCGCGACUGCGUGACGGGAAGGGAGUGCAGCUCAUCUCGCUGGAGGAGGCGCGGAAGACCGCCGAGCGGCUCGGACUUCCCAUCCCGACCCCGCUGCCCGGCGCGUGA